GGAUUGAAAACUUUAGAGGCUAUUAUCUACAUAGUUACGAAUACAGAGAUCAAAAAGAACUUGAAGGGAAAAAAGUUCUUGUUGUCGGGGCUGGCAAUACUGGAGGGGACAUCGCUUCAGAAAUCUGUCGCACAGCUGCUAAGGUGUUUCUCAGCACCAGAAGCGGAACAUGGGUGAUUAGCCGCAUUGCCGAUGAUGGUUGGCCUUUGGACUUAGUCUUCACAACGCGGUUAAAGAGCUCCAUUCAGGGGCUGCUUCCAGGAUUCAUCGUGACAAGGAUGCUGCCAAAGAAAUUCAAUCAAUGGUUUAACCAUGAAAACUAUGGAUUGGUUCCUCUUCAAAGUUUAUGGCCAUCUGUCACUUUGAACGAAGAAUUGCCCAACUGCAUUCUCUCUGGUUCCAUAGUGGUCAAGCCCAAUGUGAAAAGAUUUACUGAAACUUCUGUCAUCUUUGAAGAUGGAACGGUAGAGGAGGACAUAGACGUGGUCAUCUUUGCUACAGGUUACAAGGCCAAAUUUCCAUUCCUGGAAAAAUCUGUUCAGAAUAUCUGCAAAAGCAGCAUCUCUCUCUACAAGUGUGUCUUCCCUCCUGAUCUGGAGAAGCCCACACUGGCUUUCAUUGGCUAUGUAGGAGUAACUGGAUCCAUUCUACCAGCAGCAGAACUUCAGGCUCGCUGGGUCACAAGAGUGUUUAAUGGGUCAUGUAAGCUCCCUCCAGUGAACAAACUGAUGGGUGAAGUUGACAAACGAAGGAAGGCUCUCUUCAGAAAGGGUUUUCCUUGCGAGAAGGACAGCGCAAAGAUGAAUUUUGUUGCCUACAUGGAUGAAGUAGCUGCUUGCAUAGGCGUUAAACCCAAUGUGCCACUGCUUUUCUUUCUAGACCCCAAGCUAGCCUUGGAGGUUUUGUUUGGGCCCUGCACAGCUUACCAGUAUCGCCUGACUGGACCUGGAAAGUGGGAGAAGGCCAGAAGCAUGAUCCUAACCCAGUGGGACCGUGUUCUAAAGCCACUGAAGACUCGGAUCAUAGUUAGCCCUCCCCAACACUCUUCCACUGCCUUCUGGGUUAAAGUCCUUGGCAUGCCUACAUUCCUUGGGGUUGCUUUCCUUAUUUUUAAAUACUCCUCUCCUUCAUGGUUACCUAGGAUAAAAUGAAGGGUCAGGUGCACUUUCCACAUUAAAUUACCUUCUUAUUUAAUGCUUCAAUUACAUUUGCAGUGUUUUUAAAGAUAAUAAUCAUGGCAUGAAGACAGUCUUGUACAUCAUAUUCAAGAACUCUUCUAUAGAUUUGGGAAACUAAUGUAGUAUCAUGUACUUUGAUUGAUAGUUCUGUUUCUACUUUGCUAAUUAUGUUUCAUGUUGUGGGUGAGUGGAGUGCUAGGGGAAAAAAGAUGAGGACUCAGGUACUAAAACAGCUGAGCCCUUUAACUGUUUUUAUGUUUGGCUCCUCCUCUUCAGGUGCUUUAAACCAGUGAGCUACAACUCUCUUUGAUGUUCCUGAGAGAGGUGGUUAACUUUGGUCUUUGUUUCCUCAUGGAGAAAUGUGUUUCUGUGAGAAUGAGAGUACAGGGGCAGUAAGGGAAGACAGGGAUAUUUGCAGCUGAUUAUGCGGACAGGACCUUUGGAGAGAUGGAGACUACUACAUUGUCUACUGGACCCUUGCCAUUCCUGGCUUAUAAAAGCUACCAGAAAGGGACUGGUUGAGUGGUUAGGAAGAGUGGUGAAUGUCUCCUUGCAACAGAUUAGAAUCCCGGCUUGCUUAAAGGAGGCAAUAGUAAGGCCCUUGCUAAAAAUUCUACAACACCUUAGAUUCCACAAUACUGAACAAUUACUGAGAAGUCUCUAAUGAUUUUUGGGCAGGGUGCUGCAGCGAGUCAUGGCUUCUCCAUUCCAGGGGUUGCUGGAUGAGAUAAGUUAUCUAGAUCUAUUUCAAUCUGGCUUCAGACCUGGUUAUGGGAUGGAGAUUUAUUUGGUUCCUUGGUAGAUGACCCACCAUGGGAACUGGACUGGGGUGUGUGUGUCCUGGUUGGUUUUGCUGGAUAUCUCAGAAGCUUUUGAUACCAUAGAACAUGUUAUUCUUCUGGGCCAUCUCUCUGAAAUGGGACAUGAAGACACUGUUCUAUGCUGGUUCCAGUCUUUCCUGGAAGGGAGAACUCAGGUGGUGGUACUGAGGGACUCUUGUUCAGCACCCCCUGCCAUUGGCCUAUGGGGUCGAUCAAGUUUUUGUUUUGCCCCCUAUGUUGUUUAGAUGUUAAGCUGCUGGGAGAGCUUCAGGGUUCUGGGGUCCGAUGUCACCAAUAUGCAGAUGACAUCCAACCUCCUUUCCAUCUAAAUCCAAGAAAGCUGUUUCAUCUCUAGAUCAGUGCCUGGUAUCAGUAAUGGACUGGAUGAGGGUGAAUAAACUGAAACUUAAUCUGGUCAAUUAAAAGACAGAUUAAGGAACAGAGAUGCAGCCUAUGCUGGAUGGGGUUACACUCCCUCAGAAAACUCAGCUGUGUAGCUUGCAGGUACUCCCGGAUUCGUCUCUGAGCCUGGAUGCCCAGGAGUUCAUUUGAAGAAAUAAAACUAAUGCACCAGCUCAGUCCAUUCCUAGAGAGCAACACAUGCCUUAGUUGCAUCCCAGCUAGAUUACGUUAACACAGUCUAUGUGGGGUUGUUUUUGGAAUGUGUUCAGAAACUUCAGCAGGUCCAGAACGCUGCAACCAGAUAGUUAACUGAGACUGGUUUCAGGGAUCACAUAAGCCCCCUGUUAUAGCAGCUCUACUGGCUACUGAUCUGUUUCCAGGCACAAUUCAAAGUGCUGGUUCUUAUCUGAUCUGUUUGUUGUUAAGAAGGAAGACAGAGUAAAAAUAUUUUAAAUAAAUAAACAAACUGAGUGCCAGUCACUGCUUCCACUGAAGCUUAAAUAUGUUUUUCAUAAAUCAUAUAGUGUUGCACUGUACUCCAAAAGUUGGUGAGAGGACCAGCUUAUCAGAAGCCUAAGGUUCUAAAUCCACUCAUCUUUGAAUUCUUCUGCUGUUCCCAAAACCUUGUCAAAAUGAGAGUUUCAAUUACAUGCAGUAGGGAGUCUCCUACUCUUCUCGUCUUCUUUUUAUCUGUAUGGUCAAUGGCUGUGUUUUGCUGAGCUUCAGCCUUUCUCAUGGCCUUCCAUGGGGUCCCCUGUUUGUCUGAAAGUGGUUUUGUUGUUCCACUGAUGAAAAGUAUCUUCUUCUUUUGUUCCUAACUGUGACACUUUUCCAUGGUGCUUCCUGAACUGUUUGUUCUCUCCUCAACAUUCUUCUCCACUGCUUUCCCUUGCUGUUCUUCCGCCUCCAGUGCCCCCUGCGACUCCUGCUUCUGUUGGAAGCUCUGUCUAGGUACUCAUCAUCUUCUCUUAUAGCCUUAAGCCUGGCCACUCCCUUCUACUUUUGCUUUUUUUCUUCCAAAAUUGCUACCAGUUUGCACUCGCUGCAUGUAUAUGCUGUGUUGUUCUCUGGCAUUAAGAUAAACAUGGCACAAAGCUUGCAAGUCACCACCACUGAAGUGUCUCUCCUCUCUAUAAUUUCUGUUGCCUUUUGGCUUUCUUCUGUUUGUCUUUGAGUGCCCUUUACUUUGUCUUGUCUGUCCUAAAGGCUCCUGGGAAAAUCCACUAAUAUAUCAUUAUACAGUGGGGUCUUGACUUAAGAACGGCUCGAGUUA